AUGGCUCCAAAGGUUGCUGUCGUAUUUUACUCCAUGUACGGACAUAUCAAGGCAUUGGCCGAGGCUGAGGCUAAGGGAAUAAAAGACGCCGGUGGUGAAGCGGACAUCUACCAAAUUGCGGAGACUCUUCCGGACGAGGUCCUCAACAAGAUGUACGCACCUCCUAAGUCCGAGUACCCCGUCGCUACGCCAGAUACACUGAAAGAUUACGAUGCGGUGCUCUUUGGGAUCCCUACUCGAUUUGGUAAUUUUCCCGCGCAGUGGAAGACCUUUUGGGAUCAGACAGGCGGCAUUUGGGCUACUGGCGGUUAUUGGGGGAAAUAUGCGGGACUGUUUGUGUCGUCAGGAACCCUUGGAGGUGGGCAGGAGUCAACUUGCAUUGCUUCUAUGAGCACUCUGGCACACCACGGUAUGAUUUAUGUGCCUCUUGGCUACAAAUCCGUAUUUCCGCUUCUUAGCAAUCUGGAGGAAAUCCAUGGUGGGAGCCCCUGGGGUGCUGGGACUUUUGCGUCAGCCGAUGGCUCUCGUCAGCCUACUGCACUUGAAUUUAGCAUUGCGGAGGAGCAGGGCAAGGCCUUCUAUCAGGCUGUAUCCAAGGUCGCUUUCACAUGA